GUUUUUAGGGGUUAACCGAUAUAUAUGUAUAUGUAGCCACAGAUACAACUGUCUCUAUGUAUGUAUAUGUAUCUACAGAUACAACUGUAAGUUACUCGAAGUGUUGUAUGUAGACAGUAUACUCCAGAGGCAGCAUUUGGAAGCUAUGGGGCAUGUGAAGUCAGCCCAGUAUACAACUCGGAGUUGUAUGAUUCAAUGUUAACGUUGAAUGUUCAAUGAAUUAUAGAUCUACAGUUACUUGACGCGGUGAGCACACGUGUAUUGAAAAUUAAGCUAGAGGCUACUUGAGGAAAGUAUUAUACAGUAUCAGCGACAUACGGCGAGGACUUGCAUACAUCGCGUACUUUGCGUCGGUUGAAUACUUCGCCCUGACUGCAUACAUUGCGUUCAAUGCAGUAAAAACAAACUUUGCAUUGAGACGCAAUCGAUGUAAUAUAUGCAGUGUUUUGGAGUGUGGAUGUGGUCUCAGGACACAGCAGAUUAAAUAGGUACAUGAAUAGUCCGACAGUUGAUGUAGUUGUCAAGGUAUGAACCGUCCCUGAUCGUUGCACACAUCACACACGUGCUGUAUUUGUAUCGAUGACUGGGCGGGCAGUCAGGUUUGAUUUGUAUGUGCAAAUCUAUACCGUACAGUCUUACACACAGGUGUUUCGUUUCGGAUUCUCUCGUGGACGUGUUAUAUGAAUAAUCGGAUUUGUACAGCUGAUACACAUUCAAGUGGUCACGUGGUCGGCUUAGGUCCCUCCCUGCGGUAUUGUCCAACGCUAUCAAUAUGAGUGCGACAGACUGUGUUCACGGCAGUGAUAGCUCAUCAAGUACGGCACCCGUGCCCAAUAGGGGCGUAUCAGGCAAAAGCGGGACGCAAACCGGGAUGUUAUCUUCUCUGUAUAAUCUGGCUAGCCGACCGUUCGGUCAUAAGCCCCGUAGUGAUACGGAAGUAGCACACACCACACAGGAAAACGUGGAACAAGCACACGAGAGACCUCAGCCGAGCGAUAGAGUGAUAGCUCAAACACUCGAUAGUAAGUCGCCUCGAUCACACGAUAGUCAUCGAACACACGAUGGGGAGAUACCCCAUCCACACGAUAGGAGCGAGCACGGGAGCUCUAACCUCGGCCACACAAGUGCGACAGCCAGUUCACUCACUACUUCGGAUCAGAAUGACACAGAAGUGUGUGGGUUAGAGCCUCAAGAACGGCAUGGGGAGACGCUGGCUGGGUUGGACAUGACCGACGACGUGUAUGGGCACGCCAACAGCACCAGUGCGAGCUCAUCUGAUUUGGAUAUACGCGGCGAGGACGACGACACGGACAGUGGGGAGGCGCUGCAUCUGGGUGUGCACACGCAAGUGCAUGCACACGAUAGUCACACAUUCAUCCACCCGCCUACACGCACAUACACACACGUAGACAGUGUCCAUGGCAGCGAUGGAUCAGGCGCGCUGCUGCCCUCGCCCACACGAAAGGUGGCAGUGGAUCGUACGAUCACACACACAGACUCGUACAGCGGGCGUCACGAGGUUGGGUUGGUAGCCACAGACGCGCCAACAGAGAACGACGAGGAUGAGCUCCAGGCGUGCAAUCGUGCACGGGCGCUCGACCAGUUAGCACACCUACACGACACACGACAGGGGAUGGCGUCUGUGCUUGGGGGUACCCACUCUGACGACGGGGUAGGUAUGGACGGGAGUACGGGCCCUGGGCUGGAGGUGCCAGAAAAGGGUAGUGAUAGUGGUAGUGCACCUGGUGUGUGUCCUGUUGGGUCUGAACCGAGACAGGCCGUGGGUGUACAUGAGAGGACGGGGCUGAACGCAGCCGCCGCCGCAAACAGCGGGUGUGCCGGAGAGACGGGGGCCCGACCACCGGUAGGCACGUGUAUAGUAGCAGACACAGACACCAAAAAUGCCACAGACGACACGUUCGUAUCCCCAACGCAUGGGCAUCAAGGGGACCACACACCCCACACAGUCAAGGAAACACCACUUAGACCCGAGGCUGGGUCUUGGGCCCAUCUGAGGGAUCACGUGUUCAUCCUGUCGUGUUCGGGUAAGCCGAUAUUCUCGCGGCACGGAGACGAGAAUGCGUUCGCGACGAUGUUCGGUGCCAUCGUGGGCAUAGCCAGCAUAUCACACGACGUCGCUACGAUAGGGGGACGGGUGAAGAGUAUACGCGCGGGGGACUUGCUAGUACACGUGCGCAUGUGUGAGCCGCUCAUCUACGUGUGUGUGAGCAAGGGCAAGCAUCCCGGCACAAGGCUAGGGGCAGGUACAGCUACUGGUAACGGAAACGCGGGCGGGUGGCUAUCCGAGGCCUAUCUCGCUACAAAGGCGAAGUAUCUGCAGAUGCACGUGCUGAGUGCUCUGUCUAACACACAACUGCAGCGGAUAUUCUCGCAGCACCGCAACUUUGAUCUACGACGGUUGCUAGGCGACGAGCAAGACCCCGUCGGCAUGCAACGGCUCAGGCGGCUGUGUCACCAACUGGAUGUAGAUCCACGGUAUCUGAUGGAGAGUAUAUCUGCGUUGCCCCUCGACCUAGGCAUGCGGGAGAGGCUGGGGUGCUUGCUUAAGGAAGAGCGGAGUGAAAACGUUAUGUUUGCUGUUGUUCUCACAAGUACGCAUCUGGUGGCUAUGCUCAGCCCACGUGGGCACGGGUUGGGGUCGAAAGAUCUGCAUAUGCUGAUGAAUGCGGUGGGUGUGCAGGAUGAACAAGCCAUAGUAAGUACCCAGGGCCGUGAGGAGAUAGUUAAGGUGGGCAGAGACAAUGCUUCACUAUCAGCUGGGGACAGUACAAUAUAUACGGAAGAUGGUGUGCCUGAUAUUAGUGAAGCAGCUUCGGGUGCGUCUAACAGGGCUGAUGUAGUUGCUACAGGCGAAUCAAGGGAGGAUAGAGUCCUGGGAAUGGGGCACACGGGUGAUGAAGACCACUGGAUGUCGAUCUGUCUACCGGAAUUCAAUGACACAGGCUACCUGUACGCGCACGUGUCCCACAUAGUUGACGGUAACCUAGCAACCGUGCAUGCUGAUUCACAUGGUGACGGUUACAGUACGGCCAUCACUCUCAUGCUCAUCAGCACGGAGAGAAACCCGGACACCAAGGCCGAACUUCGGCGUACGCGGAACGCUAUAGUACGCCGGAUAGAGUCGGAAGAGGGUAUGAUACAUUCUCUGGUAACACGUGUACGCGAGGCCAAGGGUGCAGACGGGCAUUACGGGACCAAUUGCGGGAUCAUUCGACUCGCACCCAGCUUGGUAUCACCAGAUGAUGAUGCCAAUGUGCAUGAUAGGGGGUGCAGCACUUCUGAGCAAUGCGCCUGGUUUCAUACGAACAAGUAUAGCCUCGCGAAGCACUCGGAUGGCCUACAUCAGAGCUGUUCACGGACACACCGGAGCCACCGUAGAGUGCACAGGGACGAGUGUGCGUCUCAGAAUGGGAUAGCCACUCACGGCCAGACGACCACUCACGCCAAGGUCGAUAGAGGUAUCACCACCUGCGCUAAAAGGGUGUUCAGCGCCUCAGAUAGGAGUCAUAUACGCAUCAAGCACAUGCGGCAGUACGUCUUUGUGUCGAAGCCCCACGGCCAGAUGCUCACAUCUCUCCCCGCACCCCCAUACGCUCACCAGAACAGGCGCGAGAGCCUGCUGAGACUGUACGCCUAUGUACGCGGCAUCAUGCAAGACCGCAACCUGGAGGUGUACUUUCAUACCGGCACGGUUGAGUGUGUGUUGGGGCAGCACACGGUGGAGCACGAGUUGUACAGCAUCUUCGGUCCGUUAGUGACCAAGAACCAGGCCGUGCUCGCUACGAACAGACUGAUGGCGGGUAUAGCACAGUAUGAGAGCCAGCUGUUCAUUAUGAAGCCCCUGUUGUGGUAAUGGCAUAUUAAGUGUCUGGCCACCUACAGACUGGUGGUGGGCUUAUCAUAGCAUGAGAGCCAGCUGUUCAUUAUGAAGCCCCUGUUGUGGUAAUGCCAAUUCAAGUGUAUGGCCACCUACAGACUGGUGGUGGGCUUUUCACAGUAUGAGAGCCAGCUGUUC